AUGGGGAUUGCUUUUAAAAAAGCAAGGAAGUAUAUAAGACUACAUAUAAAUUUCUGUUUUUGUAGGAUGCCUCCUAGAAGAAGAACCUCUGCUGAGAAGGAGUCUUCUCGCCAACGUUUGAGAGCUCUAGAGAAUGCUAUCAUUGCCGUCGCAAAUCGAUCCACUGGUCCGGCUAAGAACCAGUCUGUCUUUAAUCGGUUUGAUCGUCACCGUCCCCCAGCCUAUGAGGGUACUGCCGAUCCUGUAGUUCUCGAAGGUUGGUUGCGUGAGAUAGAAAAACUCUUUGACGCGACCGGCUGCCCAGAUGCUGAAAAGGUAGCUAUUGGCUCGUAUUACCUGAAGAAAGAGGCUGACAACUGGUGGGAUAUGUUCUCCACGAAGUUGAAGGAGAGAUUCUAUCUAGACGAGUUGAGGUGGCUGAAAAGAGAAGAGUUUCUCUCUCUGGAACAGCGUUCUAUGUCAGUGCAAGCAUAUACUGACAAGUUCACAGAGUUGUCUCGUUUUGCUGCUGCUUUGAUCCCUUCUGAAGCUGAAAAGUGA